GCAACAUCUCCUCGUGCGCGUCGGACUCUUCUUCCUCUACUUUUGAGCUCUCUUUUUACUCAUACGCGACUCGUGAUGUGGAUUUACACGCUGCUGCUGGCUCUCACCGUUCUCUCCUGCUCAGAAAGCAGACGAAAUGCACUGCAGGACUACCAGAGGACAGAUGGGGUGCGUCUGGUGCUCGUGACCCCAAGCCCCUCCCACUUGACCAAAAGCAGGAAGGUCAGCUUGAUCAAGUGUGCUCGAACCUGCAGCCGCAACAAAAAGCUCCCAUUUACCUGCAGAGCAUUCCUCUAUGAUCACCAAAACAGGAAAUGCCAGUGGCUGUCUUUUGACCGCAACUCGCCCGUCGCCCACACGCAACACGACAUUAACACCCGCCUGUAUCAAAAGAAAGACUACAUUCGCGAGUGCAUCAUGGGUACUGGUCAGAGCUACAGGGGUCGAAGGUCGGUGACAGUCAGCGGGAUCCUGUGCCAAGCCUGGGCCUCUUCUAUUCCUCAUGAACACCAAUUCCUGUCCAAGCCUUUCGAUAAGAAGGACCUGAGGAAGAACUACUGCCGGAAUCCGGAUAACUCCACCGAUGGACCGUGGUGCUUUACCACCGACCCGCACCUCAGACACCAGGAGUGUGGAAUACCGCAGUGUUCCCAGGUGGAGUGUAUACAUUGCAACGGAGAGGACUACAGAGGACCCAUCGACCACACAGAAAGCGGCAAGGAAUGCCAACGCUGGGAUCUGGAGGAACCACACAAGCACCAGUACCAUCCCGACAGGUAUCCCGACAAGGGCCUGGACGAUAACUACUGCAGGAAUCCAGAUGGACGCCACAGGCCCUGGUGCUUCACCACGGAUCCAAAAACUAGCUGGGAGUACUGUAGCAUCAAAGUUUGCGAAUCCCCCCGGAAACGAACGGCGGUCGAAACACGCGACUGCUACCUGGACAAAGGAGAAGCCUACAGAGGGACGGUGGACACCACGCCAACAGGGCUCACCUGCCAACGCUGGGACUCUCAAUACCCCCAUAACCACUCUUUCAUCCCGGAGGCGUAUCCUUGCAAGGAAUUGCGAGAAAACUACUGCCGGAACCCCGACGGCCAAGAAUUCCCAUGGUGCUUCACGACGGACCCGAGAGUGCGCACCAUGUCCUGCACCAACAUCCCCCAGUGCGGCUUCCCAAACAAGCCUGACUGCUACGAAGGUUUCGGCGAGAAAUACCGAGGGGAGCAGUCAAGGACGAGAUCCAACCUGCUUUGCUCUCCCUGGGAGGAGCACAGCAACAGCGGCGAGAGGGGCGUGACGGUUGAAGGCCUGGAGAGGAACUACUGCAGAAACCCUGACAAGGACAAGCAUGGACCAUGGUGUUACACCAAUAAUUCUGCCAUACGUUGGGACUACUGCAAUGUGAAACCAUGUGACGCUACCCAGAGCACAGUUGCAGUCGGUGAGCUUUCCUCGGUGGGCUGUUUCGUCCAUAAAAGGACCCGAAUCGUCGGGGGAAGUCCGCUGAGCGUGUCGGCCGGCAGCUGGAUGGUCAGCAUACAAAAAGGAUCUUCGCACUGGUGUGGGGGUUCACUUAUAAGAGAAGAGUGGGUGCUCACGGAUAGACAGUGCUUCUCAUCAUGCGUUCCUGACCUGAGUGAGUAUCGGGUGUGGCUGGGUGUGUCCGAUAUCGCGUCGGGUGGGCCCGACGGAGCUACGAGACAGGAAAUCCGCAUCGCGCAGGUGAUAUGCGGACCCGAAGGUUCCAGUUUGGCGCUGCUGAGGCUUUCCAAACCUGCUCUUCCCGCAGACAACGUGCACACCAUUCAGCUGCCUGUGGACGGCUGCUCCAUUCCUGAAGGAACACUUUGUAAAAUGUAUGGAUGGGGAGAGACCAAAGGUACAGGCUACGACGGCAUCCUGAAAGCGGUCAACCUUCCCAUGGUGAGCAACGAAAAGUGCAGAGAGCAGCACAGGGGCAGCCUGCACAUCACCAACAGUAAAAUCUGCGCAGGAGGCCGCAGGAACGAAGGCGUGUGUGAGAGGGAUUACGGCGGCCCUUUGGUGUGUCAGGACGGCGAGCUCAAGGUCAUCAUCGGCGUCAGCGUCCACGGCCGAGGCUGCGCCCGCGCCAACCGCCCCGCCAUCUUCAUUAACGUGCCCUUCUACACCCAAUGGAUCUACAAAGUCUUCAGACAUUACCCCGAAUCGGAGCUUAGCGCCGAAUAACGUCCGCUUCGGAAACGGCUAAACUACUCAGGAGGACUCCUCGCUCGGCUCGCUUCUUAAUAGUGGAUGAGGAAGUCAAAUGGAAGAUUUAAAACACAACGGGAACAGAUGUCACACUUGCUCUGACAGCAAACCAAGGUAAUUAACAUCCAAAAGACCAUCUGCUAUUCAGGUGUUUCGUCAGAAAUAAAAGCAGAAAAUAGGACCGAGAUGGCAUCCAAAUCGCAACGUACAAUGGGAGCAAACUUUGCUUUUAAAGUGUGAAUGGGAAUAAUAAACAUUUUCUGGAUUACAUAAAGUGGCGUUUAAGGGCAACACAAAAAGAGACACUCAAAUUAAAUAGUCAUUUUGUGACAAUAAAGUCCAAAGCUGUGCAAAGCGCAUUUUUACAAGAAUAAUGAGAAAGUAGGCGUGUGAUUCUUAUGAAACUAAACUAGAUAGCCCCCGGGUUACGAACAAUUUCCGUUCCUACGCUGGCGACACGUAAAUCGGAAUUACCUGUUUAAGUACCCCAAAAUAACUAUCCAAAACGGCAACAGGUACUGUAUUUUUUUUUCAUUUUAGCCUGUCCUGUUCAACUGUUUAACAUGGAGAAUGGAAGUCUAAGUGUCCUGUUGGUCUGAACUAAGGCUGCAGCUAUCGAUGAUUUUUUUAGUCGAUUAAUCUAUGAACUAUUUAGUUCAAAUAAUCGAGUAAUCGGGUAAGGAACAUAAAAAAUUAAAAUACCUGAGCUGAGCCUCAGUUUUAAAAAAAAAAAAUGAGGAUCUAUGUACUACAAAUGAACAGUUGGCUAACUUACAUAGCAAAAGUCCGCUAGCAAAUGCUAUAAAAUGCUAACGUUUUUUUUUUUUUUUUUU